ACAGAAACCAACGAAAACGUCGUCGUUUCGGGAAUGAUAUUGAUUCUCAAUCUCAAGACGCUCUUGUGAAAUAACUGUGUAUCCGGUCAAGUGGGAGAAAUUUCCCCGCCCCCAUUCUCUCCGCCGCUCAACCGCCAUGGCUUCCAAACCUCCGGCGUCCUCAGCCGAGAAACACAGAGACUUCUUGAAUCAUCUCGAAGCUUACCUUGCAAAGAGAGACGGUGUUGACAAGCUUCUGAAGAUUUCCCGGUACGCCACGAAGAUCAUCCUCUCCUCUUCUGCUGUUCCCGAAUCCCUCGCUCUGACGGACCGUCUCAAGAGCUUUGAGUCCACCGUCGGCGUGAGUCGGAAGGCCUUCCGCCUCGGAAAGUUCGUCCAGGACUUGAACGCUCUGAGAAAUUCGCAUUUCGAAUCCACUCAAGAAAUUGUCCUCGCCGUCGUUGCCUAUGGCGGAGAGGGGUUUUAUUACUUUGUCGAACAGUUUGUUUGGUUGGCUAAAUCCGGUUUGAUUGACAAACGUUACUCCAGUAGCUUGCAGAAGAUCAGUGCGUGGGCUGAAUUUAUCGGGUAUAUUGGUAGUAUUUCGUUGAAAAUUAGGGAUUUGAAUCGGAUAAUCGACGACGAGGCGUGUUUGAGAGCGAGUAUUGAGAUCGCAGUGACUAGGGGGAAUGGACAUCUGGAAGAGGAAGAGAAGAUGAAGAAGUUGCGGGAGAAGAAGUUGAUGAAGGAGCUUUCCAUUGUUCAAGAUUUCGCCGAUGGAUUCAUGGCUCUGGCGGACAUUCGAGAUGGGAAUGGCCGGCUUUCAGGUCCCCUUCUAAUUUCUUGUGCUGGCCUUCUCUCUGCAUUGAUUAGCACUCAUAAGAAUUGGAUAUCAUGCUGAAAUAACUUUCAAUUUAACAAGGCUAGAAUCUCUAUCCAUUUAGGAUACGUACACAGUUCAUUUGGAAAUAAAUAUAGCUCACAACUAUACAUAUACAUGUCAAGGAUAAUAAGCAUAGCAGGGAGAAUUUUAUUCUAAAAGAACUGAGAGCUCUCUGUGUUUGAGGAUGAAAUCUCAAUCUGUCAAUGUAUUAUGAUGAUUUCUGUUCUGUC